AUGGUAAAGAGUUUUCCAAAGAGCGAGCAGGACGAUUUAAUUUUUUCUGAGGAGAGAGAUAAGUUUUGUUUCGAGAAUCUUGAUUUGCUAAAUUUAAGGCUUUUCCCUUGCGAACGCUUGGAAAAUAAGAGGGAACGAAUUUGUAAGAGCAAUUUGACAAAUAAGUUACUGGACAGAGGAUUAGGUCAAUCUAGACUUCGCCAUUCUUUGGAAAAAGCUGAGACCAGAAGUUUGGUCCCCAACCUUAACAAAUUACCACAAGGUUAUGCUAAUAUCCAUUCUGCCUCAUCUACAAUUCCUUCCGAAAAUUUGGUGCUUUUAUAUUCAAAACAACAGUUGCCUGAUUACGUAUCAACGGAACCUAUAACAGAUAAGGAUUUUCUUUUUCCCAGCAAAAAGAAGACCCGGACACAAAUAAUUGACGUUAUAUCUGAGAAUAGAAUGCCAAAAUUCAACUCGCCGAAAAGUCAAGAAAACAGUGAUCGCUUCCCAUUUAAAGUAACACCCAGUGGAAACCUCAAAGUCGAUUCCUCACAAGUUGUUUUCGCGUCAAAUAAAUUAAGUGUAUUAGUAGCUGACCCAAAGAUUACAAAAGUUAAUGUGUAUCCCGAAACAACAAAUUUUGGUAAUAAUAAUAGAAUGACCCAUGAACCUGAGUUAUCAAAAAAUUCUGCAAUGGACACUAUUAUGAGCCAGGCUGGUUUUUCGAGUUUAGGUACAUUAAUAGGCCAUACUCCAAUUAGAAGUGGAAAUAAAGAAGCUUCUGAAUACGAAAGCAAGCAAACUUCCGAAAUCUUAGAUCCUGAAUUAAAUCUUGGAAGGUUAGGUUAUAGCGGAACGGAUGACAUAUGUUGGCAAAAGGUCGCUUUACCCGAAAAGAAAAAUUUAUAUCUCGAAUUAUACUCACGAAUAACCAACUACACAAAUGCGGACUGUAAAGUAUACAUUGAUAACGAGGAGUUUAAUUGCCAUUUAAUAGUACUUCAGUGUUAUUCAGAGUUAUUUGAUGCCUAUAUUGCAGUUAAGAAAGUAGAGUUACCAUCAGACAAAUGUAACGCCACUUCCUUUGCAUUUAUCUACGAAUGGAUGAUUACUGGAGAACCUUCUUAUCGAGAUCUUACAAGGGAUAAUGUACUAGACAUUUUUAACAGCGCUAAAUAUCUCAAAAUCAAAGACUUGGUAGAGCAGUGCUGGGCCUUUAUUGACCACAACGAAGUUUUCUAUGAAGAUACAGCUUUUCUUUUAUAUAUGGAUGCCAAAGAAAAAAGUUUGACUGAGGUCAGGGAGUUGAUGUUACCUCGGAUACAAGGAUUCUUUCUUAUGCUUGUCAGUUCUCAAAACUGGUUAGAACUUGAAGUGGAAGACGUAAAGAAUUUUCUAAAAUCGAACUACAUUUGCGUAAACUGCGAAAUGGAAGUAUUUAUGUCAGCAGUGAGAUGGUUGAAGCAUGACUGGGCAAGCAGAGAUCGAUAUAAGUAUGAUUUGUUAGAUUGUGUAAGGUUCGGCAAUAUUGCCCCAUGGCAGUUAGUGGAUAUUAAAAGAAAUCCUGAGAAUCCAGAUUUUAUGGAAUUAGCCAAAGAUCCUAAAAUAUGUAAAAUGAUCGACGAUGGGUUAGCUUAUGUCAUCAUUAAAUACUGGUAUGGUCAAGAAAACGAUGACUUCCAGCACUGGAAUGCGGUGCUCGGACUUCAAGAACCACCACCCCGCAACUGGAGCGGUUCAGACAAAACAUACUUCACUUACAGGGAGUUUCUUAUUUAUCUGGACCAGUAUAGGCGUAACCAGCUCAUAGAAAAAAACAAGCCGAAAAUGUCUAACGACAAAGAAAGAGGUGAUACUAAAGAAACAUUGAGAAAAACUAUAAACCUACCUGAACAAGAUUCCCCAAGAGUACCGACAAUGGAGGAGUUUUUGUCAAAGAAAAAAAAGUCUAUGAUGAGCGUUCCUACAAUUCCAACGUUAAGUACUACAGAAAAGCUAUCUGUAGAUUCGGAAUAUUGGACACAAAAGAAAAUACAUGCAGCUUCAAUCAUUCAAAUGGCUUACAGAAAAUAUAAAAGAAGGACACUUAUAAAAAAAAUAAAAGCAGAAAACAUUAAAAAGAUUCGGAAUAAUAGUAAAUCUACAACGAGUAUUCUUAAAAUGUUUCGUAUUUCUGAAAAUCAAAACAACGUAACCAAUACCACAAUAAGAAACCUUACAGAAGAAGUAUCACUCUUCCACAAAACUAGAGAAACAGUGUUAGUCUUUGGAGGUUUUGAUCCACAUAGUUAUAAUAAUAGAGAAAGAUCCGGUACAGAUGUUUACAGUUAUAUGCCUAUCAGAAAUCGUUGGGUAUAUGUGGGAGAAUUACCUGAAGCAAGACACAAUCACUGCACAGAGUUUUACAAGGGCAGGAUAUUUUUAGCAGGCGGAAGUGAUCUCACAAAAAGUAAUGAAGUGAGCAGUACUGUUUGGAGUUUUGAUCCAGUUACAAGAAAAUGGAUUGAAGAACCUUCAAUGCUUGACUUCAGAAAAAAUUUUGGACUAGUAGGAUGUAAUCAAGGACUGUAUGCUAUUGGAGGACAGGGAAAUGAUUUUCUAACCUUAAAUUCUGUUGAAAUAUAUGAUGUGAAGAAAAAACUAUGGAACAGAGUAUCUUCCAUGCUAAGAGCCAGAGCAGGAUUUGGAUGUACAAAAUAUAGACACUGUAUUUGGGUUGCAGGUGGACUUGACGAAAAGGACAAUCUUAUUGAAAUAUUAGAUUCCGUAGAAACUUAUGACACUAAAACUGAUCAAUGGACCCGAGUUCAAUAUCCUUUAAGAUAUCCAAGAUGCUUUUUUUCUAUGAUUGUCUUGUCACAGAAGAUCUACAUUAUUGGCGGAGCAAGAAAAUCAUCAGAAUAUGACAUUUGUAGUACGGGGGAUGUAGAUGUAUGGAAAGACAAUAAGUUGGAAUGGGUUAUAGUCACUAAUAUGAAUAUUCCCAGACAUGGACAUGCUAUUUCGUAUCUCGGCACACAAAUAUUGGUCGUAGGAGGUGUUACCUCCAUUUAUGGGCGAGCUUUAAAUAACAUUGAAUGUUUUUGUUGCCAAAGAGAAACCUGGGUUCGAGGUUUGGGCUGCUUACCGGCACCAUUAUCAGGGCACUCUAUGAUUACGUUGCCCCCAGCCUCUUUAAUAUAUUAUUAA